AUGAUACGUCUCAAAGAGGACAGCAUAGCUUCCACCCUAACCCGACCUCUCGUCAUCCUCUCUAAAGAGCUUGGACUCGAUGUAGCCGCCGGCACUUCUUUGUUCAAAAGCAACCACGUCCUGGGAAUGCUCCUCGGUGGAACGCUAUGGGCCGCCUUCAUCGCCCUAUUCAGGAAGCUCGCGGGGGACAUCGGUCAGAGUAUCUCUCAUUUCUUCUUUCCUUCUGCAUAUAUCACUUCGGAAGAUCCUGCCAGGCAAUGGGUUGAAGCUUGGAUAGCAUCAGAUCCUAUAGCUCAAGCCCGGAUUGGCGAUUUCAUCGUUCAGACGACCUAUUUGCAUAAUAUGCGUUCUUCAACUCGUAACAUCAUCAUCACCAGUCAUGGUAGCAAGAUUCGAGAAUACGAGCACGACAGGCGGAAAGCCAAUACCAGAGGAGAAGAGGUUAUUGCACAGGCGCUGCCCCUAUCAAAACAUACUCUUCGGCUGUCGUUCAAUGGUCAGUGGGUAUGGGUCACCCUAUCUGACACGAGCUGGUCUCAAGCUAAAGAUAGUCGCAUACGUCUCACUACCACAUGUUUCCAACGCCAAGCAGUUAGAGAAUUCUUAGCAGAGGCUCAUUCACGUUACUUCAAAAAGGAAUCACAGGAGAUUUUCAUCUUUCACAGUUGCGAUGAGCGCUAUUCUCACCCUUGGGGUACCCCUAUGGCACGCCCUGUCAGACCUUGGUCGUCGGUCAUAUUACCCGGAACGAUGAAAGAAGAUUUGUUACGAGACAUUGAAAGUUUUCUCUCUCCUGAAGAAGUUGAGUGGUAUGCUAAAACGGGUAUCCCACACCGUCGAGGUUACCUCUUCUACGGCGAGCCAGGAGGUGGAAAGUCUACACUUGUCGCUGCUUUGGCAAGUAAACUCCGUCUGGACAUCUACACACUCUCCUUGAGCGGGCAAAUGGAUGACGCUCGUCUAAAUCGAUUACUCCGAGAAUGCCGACCACGCAGUAUAAUCCUCAUAGAAGACAUAGAUCGGGCUUUUGCCCCUCCGAAGGGUCACGAGCUACUACUACUGGAGGAAGAAAUCGAGAUAGAGCAUCACAAAAGAAAGUCUAGCAGUAGUCGAUCAACAGUGCCUGAAAAACCACCUCAAGUCACCAUGUCAGGACUUUUGAACGCGAUCGAUGGUGUUUCGAGUCAAGAAGGAUGUAUCUUGAUUGCAUCGACAAAUCAUCCAGAUCAACUUGAUCAAGCUCUUUCACGAGCAGGACGAUUCGAUGUGAGAGUUCCCUUUUAUCCUGCUCAACCGGAUCAGGCAAGACGAUUGUUCCUUCAUUUUUACUCGACUUAUCCAUCAACAUCACUACGCACCUCUCGCAUCGACCUUUCAUCCCUCUCUCCCGAGAGCGUCAAAGAGAAGGACAUCAGUCACCCGGAUCACUCGAAUGACAUGGGCGUGGAGAACAACAAACAUCAGUGUGAUGAGCGAUCUACGACAAAGUCAGAAAUACUAGAAGAACUAGCGAUCAAAUUCGCUGACGCCCUUUUCCCAUCAUUCACAACUGAAGAAGAACAAGACCAACAGAUAGAAACACAAGGACCUAAGUUAUCCAUGGCAUCCAUCCAGGGAUAUUUACUCAGAUGUAAGAAAGAUCCAUGGGCAGCUGUCGAAUAUGCUGCUAAAUGGAAAGAAGUAGAAUUGGCAGCUAUGUCAUUCAAACGUCCCAAGUCGAUAAAGAUCAAAUCGAAGAAGACUGUCAAAGGUGUGAAGAGCGUUACGGGUCGGAAGGAAGAGAUCGGUACCACCGGUGAGGAUGAAAGUGGAAAUGAAGUGGGUGAAGUCCAAGUGGAUGAUACUGCCAUGGUAACAAGUGUUGUCGAAUCGGACAAUUAGCAUGAUUCACAUUUCAGUGUGGUAGGAGGACCGACUUCAGUCGGGGUGAGGAAAGUAUCAGGGACCGGUGAUAUCAUGGUCGAAGAAAGCGACGAGUUGUGAUGAGACAGGAAGGACAUUGGUAAUGCAUACCUCAAUUUGAUCAUGU